AUGAAGGGAGGGGGCAAAAGGAGAUUACUUUCUUCCAAUGUGGAGGAUAUAUUUAAAGAUCGUCCAGAUAAACAUGUGAAGUCUCCUUUCACUUUUCUACAGCUAAAAGACAAGUAUGGACCAGUUUACAGUCUGUACCUGGGGCCUAGACCUGGAAUUGUCCUAUGUGGAUACAACACUGUAAAGGAAGCAUUGAUUGACCAAAAUGAAGCAUUUGGAGAUAGAGGAGACUAUCCUGUGUUCUUGAACUUCAUAGGUGAACAUGACCUUUGCUUUACCAAUGGGGAGAGAUGGAAGUCACUUCGACGCUUCGCUUUGGUUACACUGAGGAACUUUGGAAUGGGGAAAAGGAGUGUGGAGGAGCGGAUACAAGAGGAGGCUAUGUUCCUCAUAAAAGAGUUUAAAAAGAUAAAUGGGACUCCAGUGAAUCCCACCAAAUACUUGGCUCAAACAGUCUGCAAUGUGAUCUGUUCUAUUGUAUUUGGCAGUCGGUUUAAUUAUGAAGACAAAAGACUGUUGGCUGUAACUGAGAGUAUUUACAACAACUUCCUUAUUAUGAGCGGCACCUGGGGGACGCUAUACAACAUGUAUCCAAACCUCAUGGAAUAUGUGCCAGGUCCACACAAGAAAAUCGGGAAGUAUUUUAAUAUGAUCUAUGACAUGUCAGCCGAAAGCAUUAAACAACACGAGGAGACUCUGGAUCCUGAAAAUCCUCGUGACUACAUUGACUGUUUCCUCAUGAAGAUCGAAGAGGAAAAGGAUAAUCCAGGCACCGCCUUUUAUGCUAAAGCAUUGGCCAGAUCAAUUCAAAAUCUGCUUUUUGGAGGGACAGAGACAGUCAGCACUAACCUGAGAUAUGGAUUCCUGGUGCUCAUGAAAUACCCAGAGGUGGCAGGGAAAAUGCAAGAAGAGAUUGACCGCGUUGUUGGAAGAGACCGAUUGCCAUCCAUUGCUGACCGAAGCAAAAUGCCCUAUACAGAGGCCGCAAUCUAUGAGCUUAUUCGAUUUUGUGAUGUGCUGCCAGUCAGUCUUCCUCGAUGUACAUCCAGAGACACCUUUUUCAAAGGAUACUCAAUCCCGAAGGGAACAUAUGUCAUCCCACUCCUGGCCUCUGUCCAUUACGAUCCAAGUUAUUACAAAGAUCCAUACCAAUUUAACCCAAACAAUUUUCUGGAUGACAAUGGUGUUUUUAAGAAGAGUGAUGCCCACAUGCCGUUUGGUGCUGGUAAAAGGAUAUGCCCUGGAGAAAGCUUGGGACGGAUGGAACUUUUCCUCUAUUUUACUUCUUUGCUUCAGAAUUUCAACUUCAAACCAGUCAUUCCUAAGGAACAGAUAGACCUCACGCCUACAGGAAGUGGACUAGGCAACGUGCCACCAGAAUAUGAGUGUUGCAUAAUACCUCGCUAACCAUCAGUUGAC